UACCAAAAAGCAGACUUCCCUCUAAUACUGGACGUAAACAUAAGGAGGAACAAGGCCCAAAUCUUCGUAUCAAACAAGCAGGCCAUUUCAGUGUUUGAGCCAUCCAUGAUUGGAAAGUUCCACUCAUUCCUCCCAUGGAAUGCAUCGGAUCGGCUGAUCCUCUCUAAGUUCCCAAACAAGGAAUGGCUUGAUCAAUGGCCGUUAACGAGGAUAUGGCUCAGUCAAUAUUUUUUGCAUAUGAGCUUCUCGCGCUCGACUACUCUGUAAAUUAAGUUUCACUUGAGGGGAAAAGUGAACAAGCAAAGGGGCCAAAAGGGCCAAGAGGUAAGCUAUAAACCUUCGCUCCUUCCCUUCCAGAAUUGCCUUGGCAAUGAAGUGAUUUCUCGGACUAUUUGCUCCUUCAACCUUAUAACCAGAUGAAAUUGGUUGACUCCUCCCUGACAAUAAAAAUCCUUGGACUCGCCCCCAAAGAAGGUAGCAAGUGAUAAGCGGCUCUCCAGAGGUGUCAUCCGGUUGUCAUGAAAUUCUCACAUGACGGCUUUUCCCUCAAAUGACAAUCGUCACACCCAGUUCAACUUUCCAUCUUGGUCAUGCCACUGCCUAAGUCCGUGAUCAUUUUGGGUGCCAUUGGAUUGGCCUUGAUUUUGGGUGCCAUCGUGUCCACCAUCGCAACGUUUAUCGUGCUCAGGGGUCAGAUCGGUGAGAAUUGGUCUUUCUUGAACGCAAGCCUGCUAGUGGUGCGAAAACGAAUCCUGGACCUGGAAGAGGAAAAUGAUUACUUAUUCGAAGAGCAUGGAGAUAUCAACGGAGCCCACGUUCCAAUCACUUUAGCCAGAACCACGGUUGACUCUUUGAACCAGGCAAGUGAGGAUGUGCAACCAGAGUUGUGCCAGACGCGUCCAGUUUUUGGUUCCUGCGGUUCCAAGAUCGAGCGAUGGUUUUACGAUAUGGAGAUCGGGGACUGCCGCUCGUUUCCUUGGAGUGGAUGUGGAGGCAACGAAAAUAAUUUUCUCACACUCAGGCAAUGUCAGGCAGCCUGCCGGUCGCCCAACAACUAUGUCACGAAACACGGAGUUCCGGAAAGUUUGGCACCAGUGCGAGAAUUUGGGCUUUCCACCGACCAUGAUCUGACCCCCGACACCCAAAACCAUGAGAUCGUUUUCAACAAAACUGCUUGUGAUCUAAUGGCUGAGGCAGGGCCUUGUCCACAACGCCUUCCUCGGUUUUAUCAUCACGCCGGAUAUUGUUUCCAAUUCUUGUAUGGCGGAUGUGGCGGGAAUCAAAACAACUUCUUCUCCGAACUCGAGUGCAAAAUGAAAUGCGUCUUUUCUCGCCCCGAAUCUGUUGGAAACCCAGCUUUGCGGAUCGAGGCAGAGAUCCUUAAUCCAACUAACAUCUGUCUAUUGCCCUUGAAUGAGGGCUCUUGUGGUGAAAAUGUGACCCGAUUUCGCUUCAAUUCAUCACUAAACGACUGUGAGCCCUUUCCGUUCGGAGGAUGUGAGGGCAAUGAAAACAAUUUUGCCAAGCUUUCCAAAUGUAGAAAAAUUUGCAAUCCGUAGUUUUUGAGCAAUAUAUUUGAGGUGCCUAUUCAAAUCUCAAAAGUACGAAACCAAGAAAUCAUAAAAACUAUACUGGCAUGGUUUCCAAAA